AAUCUUGAUAGGUUAAUCUGAGGUAGGGCAUAAAGAUCGUAUUUUCGAUGUAAUCGAUCGAUAUACAUCAUUAUACCAUCGAUAGAAUAUAUUCCUAAUGACUCAUAAAAAUUAUACUUAACCAAUCUUUGUUGAGACGCGCGCGCUAUUUAAAACGACAGUGAUAUUUUUCCUCUCUGGGUUGUAGUAUGAUUUGUAAAAACCAUCCUUGGUUAUGAUUCGACGUAUUAUCGAUUCAGUUUCUUUACUUGUUGAUUCGGAGCCUCAAAAUAAUAUGGAACUACUUACAAAUAAGGAUUACAGUGUAAACGCUUCUAUGGACGAUGACUCUGAUAGUGUUAACAAAGAUUCCUCUAAUCGUCUGUCAGAUAUGAGUUCUUCAUUCACUGGGCGAUUAGAAUCAUAUUUAUCCAAUGGUUGCAUCAAUGAAUGCUCUUCCAGUUCAAUCGCUCUAUCAAAUUCUAAUUCUUGUUAUAUCGCUAGUGAAGACAAUGAAUGCUCCCUGUUUAAAACUCCCAAAAAUGAGGCGACGGUAACUCUACCUGUUCGUUCUGUAAGAAACCAGUCACAGUCUCCUGGUAUGGUUGAUUUAAGCUCCAUUCCUCUUCGUUCACUUCCAGGAGGACCAAGUUUGCAACAUCCGAGAGAUAGACUUAAGUUGAACACUCGAAAAAAAGAAACUUAUAGGUGUCAAAAUAAUAUUAAGUCCUGUUUAACUGCUCCAGUUUGCCGAAAAACAGAGCAAGAUAAUGGUGAUUUCAAAACAGAUGGAUGUUUUUCGCAAGCAGAUCCACUAGUAAUGGAACUUGAGUGUUACAUUCUACCAUUCUAUCGAAAUUUGAAAGAAUGUGAAUUAAAACUACCUAUUAAGUUUGCAGCAAAGAUUUAUCGUGGUAUACUGAAACAACUUGCAGCUGAAUAUGAACUUUUGGUACUGUCUGUUGGGAAAGAUAGAUUACAUGAUGAAUGUUUAGUUGUUCGUAAACGUGGCACUUUACAGCAGAAACAAGAGUUAGAACUGGAAGAACGAAAAGAAAAACAACGUCAAAAACAAUUAGGAGAAAAAGAACAGGCCAAAGAAACGGUAGAUAAGAAGGAAGAAAUUAAAAUUGAAAAACCACAAACCAGUAAUGGAAACUUGAAUGGACAUCAAGAAAUGUGUUGUCAGGCUAGUUUUGAUGAGCAAGGACGUGAGAUUGGUCGAAAACGUGCUAAACGUAUACGUAAAGAAAGAGAACGUAGAAAACAAGCUGAACGAAAUAAAAAAAUUAUUCAUAAAAUUGAUUGUUCAAUUCAAACUAUACCAGAAGAUUAUUGGUAUUGUUCUUGGUGUAAUGAACAUAUUCCACCAAUAAGUCAAUGCGGACAUGAAGCAAUUUGUCGUGCCGGUGUUCAACAAAAACAAAUUGAAAUUGAACUUAAAACUCGAUUAAAACAACAUCAAUUACAUAUUGAAGCUAAAAAACGUCAACGUUUAGGUCUACCACCAUUGAAGAAUGAACAACAACAACAUAAUAAUAAUAGUAAGAAGAAAAAUGAAUUAAUAUUUCAUUCACGUAGUCAAAGUCAUAAUCAUCGUGAUACAAAAUCAGAUAAAUUAAAUUCAACUAAACAAGAGAAAAAGUUAACACUAGAUAUCAAUAAUCCAACGAUAAAAGCAAAAACCGCAUCAGCUAAACUCGGUGAAGUUCAUCCUAAUGAUGUAGAAGCAAUGAUAAAACUUAUGCAACGUUUAUGCACAGAAUCUAAAUGUAAAUUAUUAGCUGAUAGUGAUGGUCUAUCUUUAUCGAAUAGUAAAUGUCCAAAAUGUAAACGUGCUUAUUGUCUUGUACAUCGUCCAAUUGGAAAACAUACUGCUUGUCCAUUACACUCAGAACUAACUACUGAACAAUGUGAUGGUACUACAACAUCUAUAGCUUGUGGUUGGGAUUCAAAUGAAAAAAAGGAAGCAUUAAAACUUGCUUUACGUGAACGUAAAGCAAAACUAAGAGAGUUACGUGAACGAUGCUGAGAAACUAAACUUUAAAAAAAGGAUUUAAAGGCUGUGAUUUAGUAAAAUUUGUUUGAUUAUAUUUUCUUAUUUGACAUAUUUACAUUAACCCUUUGUAAUAUUGAAUUUAGAAAUAUUUUUUAAAUGACUUUUCUAUCUUCAUAGAUUUUUUAAAACAAUUUCUUGUAACUUUAAUUUCAGUAGUAAAAUUUCUUUUUUUUUCUUACAAAUUGUAAUGUCAGUGAAUGGUUGAUUCGAUAUAUGUGUGUGGGGAGGUUUUGUUCAUAAAUUUAGUAUUG